CCUGUCUCUGCUUUUCCAGAAACUCCAGCAUCUCCCACAGGCCGUUAAUCAGUAAUGGCCCCUCGGGGGCGCACUUUGGAACAGCAAAUAUUUGCUGCAGGCUCUCAGCUGCACGCCCCAACCUCUGCCUUCGCCCAAGAAGGACCUUCCCAGGCACCCGGGGGCACCCAGACUGGAAACCCUGCUGCUGAAGAGCAGCGCUCCCUCGGCCUCCACGCUGACCGCAUGGCGGCGGUACUGCGCCUCCUGCUCCCCUGCCUCCUGGCCCGGGUGUGGCUGGUGCCCGGCACGGCCCAGGCGAGGCCACAGACCCCUGCUGUCCAGAAUGAGACUUCCCAGGAAGUGCAGGCCCCAGAGGAGGAGGAGGAGGAGCCCUGGCUGAUGGCCAGCGGGCACCAGCUCUCUGAACAGACCUCCAACUUGGGGUUCAGCCUGCUGCGCAAGAUCUCCAUGAGGCAUGAAGGCAACGUGGUCUUCUCCCCGCUCGGCCUGUCCUUGGCCAUGGCGGCCCUGAUGCUGGGGGCCACGGGGCCGACCAGAGCCCAGCUGGAGGGCGUGCUCGGCCUGCAGGCCCCGAGCCAGACGGGGCCCGGGCACCUGCCCGCCCUGUUUCGGCGGCUCAGACAGCACCUCUCCCGCAACCAGGAGCUGGGCCUCACCCAGGGGAGUCUGGCCUUCGUCCAGGAAGACUUUGACGUCAAAGGGACCUUCCUCAAUUUGUCCAAGAGGUAUUUCGAUACCGAGUGUGUGACUGUGAAUUUCCACAACGCCUCGCAGGCCAGAAAGCUCAUGAAUCAUUACAUUGACCGGGAGACGCAGGGGAAAGUCCCCACGCUCUUCGAUGAGGUCAGUCCCGACACCAAGGUCAUCCUCGUGGACUACGUCUUGCUCACAGGGAAGUGGUUGACGCCCUUUGACCCAGUCUUCACCAAGGCAGACACUUUCCACCUGAACAAGUACAAGACGGUUAAGGUGCCCAUGAUGUACAGCGCAGGCAACUUCGCCUCCACCUUUGACGAGAGACUCCGUUGCCACGUCCUCAAGCUGCCCUACCGAGGGAACGCCAGCAUGCUGGUGGUGCUCAUGGAGAAGAUGAGCGACCACCUGGCCCUGGAGGACUACCUGAGCACAGACCUGGUGGACACGUGGCUGAGGAACAUGAGGACCAGACACAUGGAAGUUUUCUUCCCGAAGUUCAAGUUGGAUCAGAAGUAUGAGAUGCAUGAGCUGCUUAAGCAGAUGAGAGUCACGAGAAUCUUCUCACCCUGGGCCAGCCUGGGCGAGCUGUCGGCCAUGGCGAGAAACCUGAAAGUGUCUCAGGUUCUACAAAGAGCAGUGAUUGAGGUGGAUGAAAAAGGAACUGAGGCAGUGGCAGGAACCCUGUCGGAAAUUAUAGCUUAUUCCAUGCCUCCCAUCAUCAAAGUGAACCGGCCGUUUCAUUUCCUGAUCUAUGAAGAAACCUGGAGGGUGCCCCUAUUUCUGGGCAGGGUGGUAAACCCCGCCCUCCUGUGAUUGGCGACAAGCACGAGGACGCGGUGCCCAGCGGAUGCCGACCUGCCUGAGAAGAAUUCUGGGCGAUCUUUGAGAGGAAGGCCAAGAGUGAUCGAGCGGACGGAUCACAGGAGGCCAGAAAAGGAAGGCACCGUGGCAGGUAAACCAGAGGCAACCCUGUCAUUUUACCGACGAGACAUGAGGCCCAGAGCACUAAGCGGAACGUCCACAGCUGCUUAGCGGCCCUGGAGCGGGCACAGGCUCAAGCUCCGUGCUCUCUGCAGACAUGACCCUCUUCUGGCUCAGUCCUCAUGACUUUUAAAUGGAUCGACCACAGUAUAAUCAUUAGAGCAACUGUUCCAAAGAGCAUUCUCUGUAAAUAAAACUAUCCUCUAUAUUAACGUUACUAAUUUGUAAUCUCAAUAUCAUUUUUUUCUAUUUCCUAUUACUUUUUUCUAUGAUACAUGAUCCUACUCUUUCCUUGAGCUCCUUUCCAUAAGUUUGAAUGAAUCUUACAUACAUCUAUAUUUAUAUAUACCGGUGGGCAAUUAGAAAUUUAGAGUAAGUUACAAUAUAGUUCAGUUCCUAAAAGCAUGGAGUUCCCAAUAAAAGAUGGAUGUCAGAAACUUUAUUAGAAUAUUCAUGAAUUCAGUGACAUAUGUCUAAAAGGACAUCUGGAUGCUGUUUAAAUUCUGAUUUAAUCAGAAGAUUCGGGCAUCCUGUAGGAAAGAGUAAACCUGUGAGUAGAGUUGGGGCAGCCUGGACGAAUCACAUCCACGUGACAUGACCUGUCUGUCAUCAGGAUGGUUCUUAUGGGGCAACCCUCUUCCACGUUUAAACUAACAGAAACAAAGGCUUCAGUGAUUCA